AUGCCAGGCUUCGGCUUGGCCUUCUUGGGUCAUCAAGUUUGGGGGCCUUGGUUGUCAGCUGCAGCGACAAGGAAUGAGAACGGUAGUUUUGAGCAGGUCCUUCUCACUGACAUAGGGGCAGAGCAAGCUGCAGCGACACAGGGAAAUAUUGCGCAGAACAUGCAGACAUUGGCUGCAACUGGGGGAAGUGCACAAUAUGGGCACUUGGACUGGAGACAGCUUCCAGAACGCAGUCAAUACGGACGUUUUGAUUUGGUCUUAGCCAGCGAUGUGAUUUGGCAGUGUCCUGGGCUACUAGCGGUCCUGGUGCUGAAGAAGUUAUUCUCUCGCACAAGGCAAGAGAUCAAGAGUCCAUUGAGCUUUUCCACAAGGCAAGAGGUCCAUUGGAGACGGAGCGAUUUGAGUCAUUUGACCUCUGAAAGUCAAUGUGCUGGGAAGCUUCUUCUCAGUCUUUCCUUUCGCCUGAGUACCACUUGCAGCGUGUUGUUCAAGCGGUCAGAUGAUUCCAGCUCAAGGUGCUCAGAGCCACUAUUUGCAAUGGGUUUGGCCUUUGAAGAGGUUGUGUCUGACGUGCUGGUUGGACAAAAGCCAGAUGGGUUGCCUCUUUUCCACGGCUGGGAUGGACAGCCACUUCGUGUGCCAGCAGAAGAAUAUAAGCAGAGGGUGACGCAAACAAGGAAGUCAAUGCAGCAGGAUGGCAUCGAUUUCCUGAUUGUGGUGCAGCCGGAGGAUCUUUACUAUCUCACUGGCUUUUACACCAUUGGUGAUAGUGCUCCGCAAGCUUUGGUGCUGCCUCAUGACGGAGAGCCGUUUUUGGUGGCCCGUUUGAUUGAAUGCGACCUCGUGCCAAAGCUCUCCUGGGUGUCCAAGGUCUGGACAUGCCCAGACAAAGCCAGCGUUUCCGAAGUCUUCAUGUAUGCCAUCACAGCUGCAAACGUACAAGAUGGUCGAGUCGGCAUACAACUUCAGAGCAUUUCAGCAGCCCAUUUCUUCCAUCUGCAGAAAUUCCUUCGGAAGUUUGAGACUGAAAUUGUGGAUGGCAGCAAGACGGUGGAACGAGUCCGCCUUGUGAAGUCUGACUUUGAGAAGGAUCGAAUCAAAGAUGCUUCGGUCAUCUCCGAGGCGGCGUUGCAGUCUGCUUUGGACCUCAUCAAGCCAGGUGUUCUUCUCAGCAAACUUCAUAGGAAAAGCUACGAUGCUCUGAUCUCCUCGGGAAGUGAGGUGCCUGGCUAUUUGCCCAUUGUGCGCACCACAGACCCAAGCGGACACGGCUCGUGGAUGGCUGGAGAGGAGUGUGCCCCUGGCAACCUCGUCUUUCUCGAGCUUUCUGGGUGCAAGUUUGGCCAUCAUGCGCCUUUGAUGCGCACGGCCUACAUUUUGAAGCCUGAGGAGACGGAAGCACCAGCGUGGCUGCUGGAAGCAGAACGCCUUAUCCAGAAGACCUUUGAGGUUUGUUUGCCCAUGAUGGUUCCGGGGGCCAAAGCCAACGACAUCGAUGCGGCUGGACGUGAAAUCAUGAUGAAGAACUCCUUUGGUUUGAGUAUGGCUGCGCGCCUGGCCUAUUCCACAGGUUCGACGUCUACACAGCCUGCAGGUCAUGCUGGAUGGGGAGAUGCAGAUUUCUCCUUGGUGGGCCACAACCAUGGAGAGCUGAAGGCAGGGAUGGUCUUCCAUUUCAUCCCUUGGUUUCAGAAGUACAACGAGCCUUCUGGGCCAAUUGGUCUGUCUGAUACUGUCAUUGUGACCACUGAGGGUGGCCGACGCUUUGGAGAGCUGCCACUGACCGUGAAGAGUGUUGAAUCAGUUGAAAUCAGUUGAAAGGCUGAUGUAGUUUUCAAAGCCAAAGGAUGCUUUGGAGACUGCACAGCCAUUGUCAAGGUAUAACUGUAUAACUAUGUACAACUAGGGAAUGUCCGCACAAGACAGCCAAAUCACGCUGUUGACAAAUGCUGACAACAUAUUUUAGUUCAACCUUCAUUUGCCUUCAGGCAAGUCAAGACUGAGGAUUGGCACAAGGACUUGCUCUCCACAGAUCAAACCAUUUUGCUCUGGAUUCCAAUCAGUGAGAGCAAGUCCUUAUAGCCACUGAUUUGCGUUGCUUUUUUGGCAGUGAUUGCCUUUCUCUUCCCGUAAGCAACCGAUUGUUUAGGACUUUAGGAUAGUUUAGAUGCAUAGCCACUCCGCAGCUUUGGCAUUUGAGUGGACAAAGCUGGAGCUCAGGCAUCUCAAGCUACCGAGAUUAGAUUGGACGAAAAGAAAAC